GGAGCGGGGGUAAACAUGUCAUUUCCACCCCUCCCCUCUCCUCUCACCGGCAACGGCAAAGCUCGACAGUCGACACAGUGGCAGUCGCAGACAUUCCUCGCGUCACCACCCUCGAUGCCGCGAUGGCGGCGGGGCCGCUCGCUCCGGCCGCUCCUCCGGCGAGGCCUCCUCGUGGCCGCCGUCUGCGCCGCCUCGCUACUCCUCCUCGUCGUCCUCCACCUCCACGGCCCUGAGCUCCCCUCGUCUUCGACCGCCCGAGCCUCCCCAUUCCGGGGCGAGCUCUCCGAGGCGCGGGACUCGGAUGACGGGGAGGCGGCGGCGGCGGCGGUGGAGGCUGGAGGGGGCGCCUCCACCACCGGGGCCGCGUGCGCGACGGUGGAGAGGAUGGGGGAGGAGGCCGCGGGGCGGGGCUCCCCCGAGGCGGCCAGCCUCCGCGUCCGCGAGCUCAUCCGCCGCCACUUCCUCCUCCACGGAGCUUCAAGAGUUAGAGAGCUUCCUGCAUAUGAGUUCUGCAAACAAGGGUUUGUGUUGGGGAAAGCCUCUGAAGCUGGGUUUGGUAAUGAAAUGUACAAGAUAUUAACAGCAGCAGCAUUGAGUGUUAUGUUAAACCGGUCUCUCAUCAUCGGGCAAACCAGGGGGUUAUAUCCUUUUGGAGAGUACAUUUCUUACACCAAUCAUUCAUUCACUAUUGGAGAAGUAAAGCAUUUAUGGAGGAAAAAUCGCUGUGCUAGAACAUAUGGUAGAAAUCUGAGUAUGAGAGUCGACAAUUUUGAACACCCAACAGAGACUAAUGUACUUUGCAGUGACUGGAAUAGCUGGAAAGAUCCAAUCAUCUGGUUUGAUGGUACAACAGAUGCAGUUGGGAUCCAAUUCUUUCUGAAGAAUGUUCAUGCUAGAAUGAAAACAGCUGCUUCGUCACUCUUUGGAUCCCCUGGCUCAUUACGUGCGAGACCUAAUACAUUUGGUGAACUUAUGCAAGUUAUAAUAUCUCCUUCACAGACAGUUGAAAAGGCAGUUCAAUGGGCUUUAAAGGGUUCCAGUCCUGAUAUUGUAUUGCACAUGCGCAUGAUGACAAACAGGCCAGUUCGAGCAAGAAAAGCUGCAGUUAAUUGUAUUAAGAGAGCUAUAGAGAUUUGUCAUUUGAAGGGUACACCUCGGGUAGCAGUAAUUUCAGAUACACCAGGCUUUGCCAAGGAUAUAAAGCAAGACAUCAGUGAGUUUGCUGAGGUGAUUUAUUUUGAUCACAAAAAGUUCUCCAGGAGUUUUGAUCUAGAGAUAACUGGAAGUGAAAAGGCUUUGGAUUUCCGUUCAAGAGACUGGGGUUCAGCUCCAAGGUGGGCAGCAUUUGUUGAUUUCUUUCUGGCUUCCCAAGCCAGAUAUGCAGUGGUCACUGGAGCACACCGACGUGUAGGGACAACCUAUGCACAACUCAUUGCAGCAUUGGCUGCAGCUAACAGAUUUGGUCGUGAGUCUUCAGGCACAAACUUCACAUUCUUAAGCAGUGUCCACAGCAACCUACUGGUUGACGGCCUCUCGUCACAGGGUGGCUGGGGCCAUAUCUGGAACAGAUAUGCUGGCCCUUUGAGCUGCCAACAUCAACAGCACCAAUGUGCCUUGACCCCACUCCUGGCACCUGCUUGGUGGGACGGCCAAUGGCAAAGCCCCAUUCCUAGAGAUGUGAGGAGAUUGCUGGAAUAUGGAGUCCGGUUAUCAAACACAGGAGAGGUGGAUGAGAGACACCUCAUGUCAUACUGUAGGUCAAGGAAAGAUCAUGUGAAAAGGUACCGUGUUCUUCCUUCAUACAAUAGUUCAAUGCAACUGUAGAAUGCGAAUGAGGCUCGUCAAGUCAUGCUCUUUUGGAGAGCGCAGUUUUGCACUACCACUUACCUAAGGAGCUAGUAUAGGUUAGGAUGGUUAGGCUUUUUGAAAUGGCCAUGACGCUAAUUUUGUAAGGUGGUUCCAAUUUUGGUGGGCUGUAUCAUGUAUACCUGGAACUGUCAUGUAGGAAAGCUAUAGAAAAUAGGCUAGACGUCGUUUCAAGGCAUGCCUUGUUUCGAAUCUUGUUGUUAUUGUUAUACAUCGCUGUUGUUGCUAAUAGUGCAACCAGAAUGUAGUGAAGAUAGUAAAAUCAAGAGACGUGAAACUGAUGUACUGAUGCAUAAUUACCAUGUGAAAUCCUUUAUUGGGUAUUAUACUCAACUGGAAAACUGUAAUGGUGGACAUUUUAUUUUUCCAAUUAAUAGGUGCAAUGCAAUAUUGCCAGUGGUGGCCACUGUUUUUCAUUUCA